AUGUAUAGUACCUGGUCUUGCAAGUACUGUACACUUAUUAACAGCGAUUCGGAUGUAUAUUGCGCUUCUUGUGGCUUACGAAAUUCGAAUACAUCAAAUAGUUUAUUUUCUCGUUUAAAACAGAGUGAGCUCUUAAAAUUACCGAAGGUUUCACUGAAUAGGGCGUUAAAUGUUAUUGAUUCGACACUGGUUGACCUUGGUAUAUUGCCUGGGGUUUCCCGAUCAAGAAGAUCGCAAUCUUCAGUUUCUCUAAGCAGAAGUAAUGUGCAGUCACAUUUUCUUCCUACAAAGGUUGAGUCUUUGGUAUUGCCGAUUCAUGUGGUCUCAACAUCAUCAUUCCAAUUAUUGCAAAACGAUGAAGAAGCUGCUGCCUCUGAAUAUGACCGAAUAAUUACAUUCUGCAAAGAAAAUAACAUGCCCUUUAUUGACGACAGUUUCCCUCAUUCAAAACGAUCUAUAGGUAAGUUUACUCGUGAGGGAAGACCGGAUGGUAGCAUACUAAAUGUUGAUAACUUAAUUUGGCUUCGACCUCAAAAUAUUUAUACAAAAGAUGGGAAAAACUAUCGGUGGUCCAUAUUUUUAGAUCCAAAGCCCUCAGAUAUUGAACAAGGUUGCCUGGGAAAUUGUUGGUUUUUGUCAGCUUUAGCAGUCAUCGCAGAAAGGCCAGACAUUUUAGAUCAAAUUGUCCUUACCAAAAAUUAUAACCCAUGGGGGAUUUAUUUAAUACGCUUGUGCAUAAAUGGACAUUGGCAAGUUGUUCUUGUGGAUGAUUUUUUUCCAUGUUAUCCUCAAACGCAUGGACUUGCAUUUGCUGUAGGCCGACGCAAUCAGCUUUGGGUAUCUUUGAUCGAAAAAGCACUCGCAAAAAUAUUUGGCUGCUAUGCAAAAUUACCUGCCGGACGUACGUUAGAAGGCUUAGCAAUUCUUACUGGUGCGCCUUGCAUAGUAAUUGAUUUGGAAAGUUCUGCUGACUAUGAUCUCGUUUGGGCUCGUCUUUUAAGUAUGAGAGAAGCUGGUUUUAUUAUGGGUUGCAGUUGCGGUGGGGGAAAACGCCAUGUAGAUGAAGCUGAGUUCAGAAGUGUAGGUCUCCAAAUACGUCAUGCUUACUCUUUGUUGGAUGUUAAAGAAUAUAAGAAUCAAAGACUUGUCCGGUUGCGGAAUCCAUGGGGAUCGUUUACUUGGAAUGGAUCUUGGUGCGAUACAUGGCAAGGGUGGGAUAGCUACAGCCGUCGUAUCCUACUUCCUAAUGGUCCUGAAUCUGGAGCUUUCUGGAUGCCAUAUUCAGAUUUCAUCAAGAGAUUUGAUUCUGUUGAGGUGGCGAAAGUGCGAUCAUCCGAAGGUUGGAAAGAACUUCGAGUUGAUUGUUGCAUACCUCAGUUCUGGGGCAGGGAGAAAGUUUUAGGUUUCCAACUUCAAGUUGAAGAGUCAACAGAACUUGCUGUAUCUGUGUAUCAGAAGGGUUCUCGUAACAGGUGUGAUAGUGACAUAGUAGUAUUACUGCAUAGAAGUGGUAGAUCCGGUGCAGCAAUAGGCGAGCUUAUUGUAAGAUCAAUCCGUCACAAUGCAGCAUUUGCAAGUACUGGUGAUGUUUUUUUAAAAGGACCAGCAUUAUAUACUGUACUUGCUAUCUCCUUCAGCAAUAUGUCAUAUCCAAUUUCUAUUGAUACUGUUGUUGCUGUUCAUAGUGCAAAAGAUGUAGCAAUGGAAGCUUUUCGAUAUCCACCAUCAGUUAUUGCGCAUUCCUUGAUUGAAAUGUGUUUAAAAGAAGGCUGUAGUACGCCAAGCUUAGAAGGUACCGUAAUUCGGUAUGUUACAAAAAACUUUGGUGGUCACAUAUUGUUGAUCGAAAACCAUCAUGAGCGCCAUUACUUACAAGUUUUUUGCGAUUGCUCGCAGUCAUUAAAUGUAAUUUCAACACGUGCUUGUUUAUCAUCUGUGGAUACUAUUCCUCCUAUGCAUCGUCAAAUUUUAAUGCUUCUUACGCACUUUGAAACAACUCAAACUUAUAUCGUUCAUCAUAAUUUAACUCAGCGUCUUGUGCUGUCACCUGGUUUGAAAGAUUGGUUGUCGUUUGCUCCUAGUCAGGUGUCUUUGCCAUCAUCAAUAGAACAUGUCCCUGAUUUACAAGAUCCCUGUUCCAGUUUUCUUCAUAAACCUCGUAAAAUUGGAUGA